UCAAUGACCCAGACCCAGUGUGCGUACUUUCGCCACAUGAAGCGCGUGCGGCGAAAGUAGAUCCCAAAAAUCCUCUGGAAACCAGAUGGAUUGAUCUGCGGCCAAGGGUUGGUGCCUUGGGUCGUUGCCUCCGUUGCUUCAUGAGGGCUCCGCCCAAUUGCCUUCACCUAGCCAUUCUUCUUUUCCUAUACCAGGCUUCAUUGUACAGAGCAGAAGUGCUGGUGGUUCAAGCUGAUACAGACGUGAACUUCUAUGUGAAUGGCGUGGAGACGUUUCCGGACACCUCUUCCCCGGUGUUGCCCAUGAACGGCGUGCGCCGCAUCAACAUGGGGGAGACCAACGUGCGCAUCUACCGGACCUCGCGGACGUUGACACAGGGAGAUCUCAUGGCGAUGCAGGUGAACAGUCGGUUGGCCUCUGUCAUCAAUGUGACAGAUGCUUUGGGUCGCAACCUUGAGUAUCCUGCGUACGUUGGCGUGAUCUUGGUGGCGGAGGAGGGCUCCAUGAGCACAUCUGCCUUCAAGUGUUCGACCCAACGAGAGGGCACGGAUGAUUUGAAGACACCAUUUCAGAUGCCAGCCUUCAAUGAUUCACACUGGCCGGCGGCCUUUGAGCAGCCUGCGGGUUGCUGUCCUUGGAGGGAUCCUCUAAUGGCGUGGGAGCGCAUGGGUGCACGCUGGUUGGGCCUGCAUCCUUCCACGUUUGGAGGAAACAUCUCGGGACCCCGUGACAUGUAUUGCAGGUACACCGUGACGGGCAACGAACUGUUCACCCGGCUUCCUCUGGAAGAAACGCAGUUUGCGUCAGAGAAUGCGCCAGAGUUGACCAUUGUGGAGGUGAAGGUCUCCACAUCCAUUUCCAAGAUCGAUGUGAGCGUGGACCGCACGGCCAAUGUGUAUUGCGGUGUGGUGGAUGUGCGCUACGAGCUUCGAGUGCCCACGCAUAACGAGUUGAAAAGCUGGGGCGUUCGAAGUCUUGGAAUGCAGGGAUCGGCCUUUGGUUACCAGACCGUGGGUGACACCGAAUUCACCAACCAAGAGAUCGACUAUCCCGCCUUGUACCGGGUGGAUGUGGCGAAUUUGGACGAAUGUCAAAACGAGUGUUCCAACAUCCCCGAGUGUGCAGCCAUCGUUUGGUGGGCCCAAGGUUUUGACAUCGUGACCUCCACCAACUGUAAGCUGAUGAAUGCCAGUUUUAACGCUUCCGUGCGGUUGCCGGGAAACAACUUUGCUUCCUUACAAUUGAAGGAGCGAGUAUUGGUGCCCACCGUUUCCACCAUGACCUAUUCAGGCAUGUUGCUGCCAGGGACCUUGUACAAUGUCUACUGUACAGUGGAAGAGCCGGGUGACGGAUUGCAUUCCAACAUGAGCACCAUCACUGCCACUCGAGUCACGCAGAGAACGGAGGGCUGUACCGACUGUGGCAGCACGGACCCCCCUGCGGUUGUUAUGUUGGGUGGCUGGGCCAAGCAGAAUUCCGUGGGCGUGGUGGCUGCAUCCUCGCGCACGGGGCGCAUCUUCUGCCACACGCGGCAGAUCAACGGGACGGAGGCGGUGCUGGUGACGGCUGAGGAGGUACAAGAAGAUGGCUUUUCAAAUCUCGCCACGGUGGGUGGGCAGAGCAUCGUGAUCAUCAUCACUGGUCUCGCAACCUCAACCCAGUACCAGGUGGCCUGUGUGGCCGAGGCCGAUGGCGGGCUCUCGUCGAUCCAAGCGCAGAUCGACGUCACGCGGCGUCGGCUCAACACCACCAGUGGCGAGGUGACCAUUGGGGGCAUGAGCAUCACGCGUGGCGAAAGCAAAGAAGAUCCCCAGUUCCAUGUGAUGACCAGCAGCAUCCAAGCAACGAGGUUGGGCUACUUUUUCUGCCAGGUCUUCCCUUCCGAAAGCAUCAUCCUGAGUGGCGUGCCGGAUGUGCCACUGCUUGAGGACAUGGCGGAUCGAGGGAAGGUGACGGAUCUGCAGAAUGAUGUGGUGGCGGAGUUUGGGGAGUUGGACCCCAACAUCUCCUAUGAAAUUUGGUGCACAGCCAGGUACGACGAUUUCUCCAAUGAGACCGACGCGAAACUCAUCACCACUCCAUACCCGGUGGUGAGUAUUAUGUCCACCGUGGUAGGAUAUCAGAGCGCGUCCUUGACGGUCAGCGUCAGCAAGAGCCCGGGCCACAUCUUCUGCGACGCCUAUCCCUGGGCCCUGCGGCCCACCACGGAACGGCCAGCGGCGCCCACCUACGACCAGAUUACGACAUCUCCGUUCAGCACUGUGCUGGAACUCGAUGGCAUCAGUGGCACGGUGGUGUUGGACUUGGAACCAUUGUCGGCUGGAACUUAUUACGACCUCUACUGCUACUCCGAGUUUUAUCGGCCUCCACCUCCGCCAGGAUCCAUUCUCCCGCCCAGACAGGGCAUGACAAACCAAGAGAUCCUGGAGACGCGAUAUGGCAUCCACACCAUGGGUCCACAAUUCGACGACCUGGGCUGGGAAUGUGUCUCCGGAAGAAAUUGCAGCAUUGAUAACAUCCUUGGGGUGGGCCUCAGCUACAGAGAUUCCGUGAUGGUCCGGGCCGACGGGUGCCCGGGCAGAUGUCGAUGCAGCGGUGAGGUUGACCCUCACCGCAAGGGUGGCACUUGUUCGGCCAUUUCCCAAGAUCCUUUGGUGGUCUCUGGCGUGGGCAUAGAAGAUAAGCGCGACCCCAAAGGGGCCUGGUGUUAUGUGCCGCGCGGCGCCUGUUCCGAUCAGGAGUUUUCGGUCCUCUUUCCCAGCAUGACGCUGUCCUACAAGGUCUGCACGUUUUCUCGCUUGGUGGGUCCAUUCGCCACCAGCGGCCCAGAGGGUUUUCCCAACAACGGCCUUGCGCUGCGCAAGUCCGGCAGUCAGGGCCGGGCCUAUGACAUCAGCUUAAACUCUAUGGUUGCCCCGGGCGCCAGCUACAGCCUCUGCUGGUGCAACGGCACCGAGUCCAGCUGUAGCGCGGAGGGAGACUUCAGGACUCGGCUUGGUGCACUGCACGUGGCUGGACCCUCAGUGGUGCAGCGUGACAGCAACAUGACCUGCAGAACGGGUUUGCCAUGCGUCAUCGAACACUUCGCCGGCCACGCCUUGGAAGACGGUUCCCGCCUGGUGGUGCUCCCUGCGGACGACCGCGGCUGCUUCUGGCGCAGACAGUCGCUGGCGGAUCCGCCGGGCUUGGUGGACUUUCCCAACCUGGGGGUCUCGGAGCCCUACAACAAGUCUUUGCGUACGUAUUCCUACUACGGUGUUCCGUUGAUCAUGGAGGGCGGCGUCUACAACUUGUGCUGGUGCGGUCCGGUUCGCAGGACUUGGAACAUCGCUCCAGGGCAACAGUACCGCAUCCCCGACGGCAUCACGCCAACGCCGUGUCCUUCGUGGCGCGCGGACGACGGCGGCGACUUCCUGUCGCCUGCGGGGAGGCUGGUGGUCAUUGGGCCCAAGCCCAUCUUUGAUUUGAUUUCCUGCCGCCUGGGUGCGACGUGCACCACCCCCUUGGUACAGGGUCAAGGUCUUCAGGGUUCGGAUCGGAUCAUGGCUCUCAAGGACUGCGGCGUCCCGGCCCAGCCACCCGUGGGCUGGGCGGAUGGCGUCGCAACGAAGGGCGCCUCCUGGGUCAGCGCCGGCUGGGCCACGGAUGCGGCAGACUUCACGGCGCAGGACUUGCUUGCCUUUGGCGUAGUGCUUUCGGUUCUGGGUCUUACGACACCUGCCACGGAUGACCUUGGAGGGGGCCUGUCAAAUCUCACAAUGCGCGGUGUGUAUGGUUUUCCAAACUUCGGGGUGAGCGUGCCACAUGCCACUCCGGGCUACUUUAGCUGGGAGGGUCCCACCUGGGCCUUCGCGGGGACCUACCGCAUUUGUUGGUGCGGAAAUGAUGCCACCCUGAAGGGCUGCCAGAGUCCACAUGACUUUCUGACGCCCAUUGGCUUUCUGGAGGUUACCGGUCCCGGCGUCCUGCCCUUUGCGGCGCAGAUGUUCACCUGCAUUCGCUCGCGGCAGUGCGAACUCACCGGCUUGGUGGGCACCCAGCCAGCCUUCAGUAAACUUCUGGUUGCCAGCGCUUGCGGUGGUCGUGCCGUGCCCGGAAUGCCCCGCAAGGGCCAGUCGCUGCCCUCCGUGGAUGGCCGGCACUACACCUGGGGGCCGGAACGUGUGCUGUCGAACCCGGGUCGCUAUGCUUUGUGCUGGUGUGCUGCGAUUACUUCCUGCGACGGCUACCAGGACUUCGAAAGCUACGCAGCGGUAUUGCAGGUGAAGGCGCCCACCGCUUCGCCCAUCACCUUCUUCUGCCCCCUAAAGCAGAUCUGCAACAUCUCCGGCAUUUCAGGUGAGGGUCUCAAUGAUGGUGACAGGGUGAUGGUUUUGACCAAAUGUGGUGAUGCUGUGUUCGAUCUCGAAACCUUUCCCAGUGGCGCAGGUUCCCUGGCAACCUUUGACCAUGGCGGAUCCUUUACAAUCCCAGCAGGAGAACGGGCUGGGAAAUAUCAGAUCUGUUGGUGUGCCGCGGAGCAGCUGUGUUUAAACUCUGUGGACUACUCCGUGACGCUGGGGAGGCUUACCAUUGGAGGCCCCGAUGAUUCGGUGACCUAUCGCUGUUUCGAAUGGGAGCCGUGCUCCAUUGAGGACUUGGAAGGACAGCUGCUGUCUGAUGGGGAUCGCUUGAUGGUCGUGGCAGAUGGCACGGAUUGUUUAGGUGGCCCUGAGCCGCAGGUUGGGUUUCCAAAUGGUGCUGUCUCGCUGCCAGCAACGAGCAGCGGGAAGCAUUUCACUUGGGGAUCUGGCCUGGUCCGGGUUCCGACUGGAAUCUAUGCCUUGUGUUGGUGCCAUGCACCAUACAACAACGGCAGCUGUACAGAAGAAGGUCCCUUUGAUGUGCCAGGUGGAGCUCUGAGGAUCGGAGAUAGCAAGGAGUUUCAGUACGUCACCCGACCGGAAGAUAACCCUCCGCGAGAAGGGGAUGACGCUAUCGCGCUGUUACUGGCCGUACCUUUGCCGCUGCUCUUCUUCGGUGCCAUCUGCUUUGGCAUCAAGAAAUUGAUCGGUCGAAAACUGAAGCAUCAAGAUGAGACCCGCAACCCUUGGGCGGAGAAGCGCGGUCUCAACCCCAUGCAGAAACGUUCCAAGAUCCGCGGGGAAGUGCAGGAGGUGGCAGCGACGCGCGCGAGCAUCUCGCGGCUGGCGGACAGCAAGGCACGUACCCAGGACUUGAGGCCUAAGGAUGGCCUCUUAGCGCUCUACGGCAUGUUGCGACAACAUGGCACCAAGUGGGUCAAAAAGAAGACGCUGAAGCGUUCCAACGCUGAAGACCUGCGAAUGGGGCAUGUGAAGAGCAAUCGGAGUAUGGCCAGCAAGACCACUGAAACCUCUGGUUUCUCAGGAAAAUAUCAGAGGUCCAUUGACGUCGAGAGUUCCGAUGAUGAAGAACUCUUUGGGCAGAAGCCCAAGGCGCCGCCGAAAGCAACGCCGAAACCUCCGGCGUCCCUGGAGUUUUGGAGCGUGAACGAGCACCCACGGGUGCUGCACAUGUUGGAUGAGGAUGCCCAACCGCAUACAUUGGUCUCUUACGACCUGGAUUGACAGCUGGAGAAAAGUCUCGUUGUUUGAAAUGCCAAGCUGG